AUAAUAAUUUACCCUAUACUUUUCAAAGGAAAUCACCAGUGAACUAAAGAAUUUGCACGUUAUUUGGUAAUUGAUCAUGGCCAACAGCUUCUUUCGACCACGUGAACUCUCCUCUAGGUGACGUCCUUCCUGUGGAUUCACAGCACAGACUCUGUCAGUAAAUAAAUCUGUCAGUAAAGAUGCGGAUUUACGCAAAAAGACUGCAUAUUGUAAUGGGAUGGAUCCAAAUGCUGUGUAAGGCUGCCAGUGACAAAUAACAGUUUCAGAUGUGGUUCAGUGAGGGCGGAAAGCAACCGGAUGGCUGCUCCAGGAGGCGCAUUCUCUGCAGCGCUUAGGCGGUCACAAGACUUGGACAUCGGUGAACAAACACAUCGGCACGCUGACAGACAACGCCUGGAAGAAUUUGCUGAAGACAACUGUGUCCGCUCUCCAGGACAUAAGCAUCUUUAACUCCUACACCAACAGUGAAGUCAUGCAGGUGGAGAGGAAAUGGCACAUACUGUUGACUAUCUUCUUUCUGCUCAUCACCUCGGGCCAGUGUAUGGACAGCAAGGAUGUCAAGCAGAAGGAAAGAAGAACCUUGUUGGAUCUAAUCUUACAAGUUAUCAGAGACAGCCAGCAACGGGACAAAGCCGUCUCCAGGCGCUGUAGCAGUGGACUCUUCACUUCAGCCCAAGACAUGAAGUUCUCCUCCCGUGAAAAGCCUUUCUAUGUUCCUAGGCUGGAUAACAGUAGACUCAUAGAAAUUGUUCCCAGAGAUGUAAACAUGAAAGGCAAAUUCAUUCAGCAUUUCACAGCAGGACCAGUCAAGUUCUCGUCGGAGUGCAGAACACACUUUCAUAGACUUUAUCACAACACAAGGGAUUGCUCAAGACCAGCAUAUUACAAAAGAUGUGCAAGAUUGCUAACACGGUUAGCAAUGAGUCCACUCUGCAUGCAAUCGUAGAUACUGCAUCCAUUCUCAAGACAAAGGCAGGACUCAGACUAUCGUCAGCGGGGUGGUUUCGGACGUAGUCAUAGCCAUCCUUUUGUUAAGAUGAUCUUCGAUGACAGCAGGUCUGAUGCGUUCAAUGCCAUCUAGUCCUAGAACCAGCGUGGGUAAAAGCCAUUAGGUCGAGCUGGUAAGUGAUUGCAGUGAGAGUUCAUCACACACGUGGCCAUUUCAGUUAGUUUUUCGUGGUACAGGACCUCCGGUGAUUAUCAAAUUGAGGAGGCUGACACAUCCUCAGUUAUUCAGUUUUUUUUUUCAAGUGAAUCAGAUAAUAAGAUCCUGUCUGUACUGUUCUGAGAAAUCUGACAAACGUGUGUCAAAAUCCUCCCGAUCAUUUCCGAAUGAGCUCAGACAUAACAUAGAGAAAUGGCUGGCCAGUAAUGACCCUCUUUAGAAGCUGACAACACCAUUUCUUUAGAAAGGCUUAAAUGUCAAGAUAUGUCUUGCUAAGACUGGACAGGAGAUUUUUCUUCUUUAAAAUGCAGCUGUAAAGAAGAAACUCAAGGUGUUUAACGCUAAUCAAGUUUUUUUUAUCAUUAUUAUUUCAUUCCAGGCCCCAAAAUAAUGAAAGAGGGAUCCAUGUGUUGCCAAGGAAGUGCCUUCAAAUCCACAGCAGUCAUAUGAACAUUUUUUUGUGUUUAUGGUGUUUCUAUUUUUGUUGUUCUUGUUGUCAUUACUGAAAAUGCUGAUGGACGUUGUGGGUUGUUUUUGAAUGGAUUUGCUUUUUAUUUACCUGUCUGUACCAUAUAUUUGUAAGGAAACAUUAAUUUAAUAUUGAAUACACCUAUUUAUUGAAAGGGUAUGUAUAUAAUGAUUACACAAUCAUUCCAAAUCAGAUUAUUUUGGAUAUAAAAGUUAUGUGUGAUGGAGAGGAAGUGUUUUGUUUUUUUUUUUUCUUCUUCUUCUACUUAUAAAUGAAUUCUACUAUUGGUCUGAAAGGUUUGUCAUGCUCUGUCGUUUUUUUCAUUACAUUUUAUUUGGCACUUGAGUGACUGCUGACGAUGUGAACAUAUGGAAUGACAACAGUGGUGAUAAUGCACUGUCGUACUGAACAAUAAAGAAUAUUGAAGCACA